GCUGCCGGAAGCGACGAUCCAAUCCUUAACCACGCACUCGUCUUCCUUUCCGGUUGGAAACAUGGCUGCCGAAGGAGAUGUUGAAUUAGAAUUGGAGACUGACGAAAACUGUACCGAGCGGCCGGCGGAUAAACCGCGCAAACAUGACAGCGGAGCGGCCGAUCUGGAGAGGGUCACGGACUAUGCGGAGGAGAAGGAGAUUCAGAGCUCCAACCUGGAGACGGCAAUGUCUGUGAUUGGAGACAGAAGAUCCAGAGAGCAGAAAGCAAAACAAGAAAGAGAAAGGGAGUUGGCCAAAGUCACAAUUAAAAAAGAAGACGUGGAGCUUAUUAUGAAUGAGAUGGAAAUCCCUCGAACAACAGCAGAAAGAAGCCUUAGGGAACACAUGGGAAAUGUUGUUGAUGCGCUGAUUGCUCUCACUAACUAAACUUGGCAAUUACUUAUCGUCUUUCCAUGUUCUGUUAAUGGAGAUUUGCAGAGUGAGCGGAGCACCCUCUUAACUGGUGUGCUGGGUAGCGGACUUUGCUUUAGGCUCGGUGGUUGGAGCAUCUGUGCUGUUUUCUGUGUACUCUGGUACAGCGGAACAUGCUGGGCUUUCAUCUGGUGAUAUUUAAGCCAAAUUGACCAAGUUGUAAUUUAUUUAGAAUAAACACCAUCUUUCUAGAA